AUGUUGGCCAACUUGAACUUGGAGGCUCCGCUCCAAUCCAUCGAACUGCUGGAGCUCUUCGGUCUGGUGGUGCAGCUGCUCGCGGGAGGCGAGACCACGGUGGUGUACUUCAACCCCGCAGGACUCGACUGCCGCUGGAGCGUCCUGUGGCAGCGCAACCUGACCGCCCACCCGCAGAUCGUCUGGCAGGGCAGCCAGCCGCUCCCGGAGCUCCACGACCGGUUCACCAGCGACCUCCUGGUGCUGGCCUGCCUCUCGCCCGCCCCCAGUGCCGCCGGCCAGCUGGCCAGCCUGGCGCUCAGCUUGAGCCGCCGGCGGGCGGUGCGCCUGCUCCUCGAGGUGGCGGGUCCCAGCCAGGAGCUCCUGGCCAGCCGGCUGCUCGCGCUCUGCCUGCGGCACAGCAUGCUCCACGCGGAGCUGUACUUCGGCGGCUCCGGUCCCUCGGGCUCGCCGCUCGAGCUCUUCACCCUGCAGCCCUUUCCCGAGUUCGCGGUGCUCCGGAGGCCGGUCUCCGGCGACCCGCCGGUGGAGAUCUUUGCCAGCAAGCUGGCCAACUUGGGAGGCUACCGACUGCGCGUCAUGCCGGACUUCUCGCCGCCGAACACCUUCGCCUUCUGGGACGCCGGGAGAGGGAGGGAGAGGCGGGUGGCCGGCUACCUGUGGGACUUCGUGGGCACCUUCGCCGCGCGGAUCAACGCCGGACUCGAGGUGGUGUCCCCCACCUGGAGGCAGGGCGUGGCCUCCGAGAGCUCCUACAUGGUGGAGAGCGCGGCGAGGGGAGAGAUAGACGUCGGCCUGACCACCGCGCUGAUCAGCAAGGGGAAGCUCCUGUCCCAGCACCAGUACACCUACCCCAUCCUGAUCGCCAGCUGGUGCACCAUGCUGCCGGUGGAGAGUGCCCUGCGGACGGACCAGCUCUUCACAAGGGUGCUGAGCCCCGCCCUCGGGAGUCUGCUGCUCCUCGGCCUCGCCAGCUGUCUGCUGGCCAGGCGGCUGAGGGGUCUGCGGAAGACGAGGAACCCCUCCUGGCGGCUGGCCAGGAUCGUGUCCCGGCUGCUCGCCCUGCUCCUGCUGACCUCCUGCAGCGCGCAGCUGCUCUCGCUGCUCAUCUCGCCGCCCCGCCAGCCGAGGAUCGCCAGCUUCGAGGACCUGCUCCACAGCGAGCGCCGGAUCCUGGGCAUAAGCAGCGAGUUCUACCAGUUCGACGGGGCGUUCCGGGCGCGCUACGCCGGCAUUUUCCACCUGAUCGAUGACCCCGACGAGCUGUACGCGCUGCGCAACCACUUCAACACCUCGUGGGCCUACACCACGCCCUCCUUCAAGUGGGUGGUGAUCGACGCCCAGCAGCGGCACUUCGCCAGGCCGCUCUUCCGGAUGCCGGCGGAGCUCUGCUUCAAGGACUUCAUCCCCACCGGCAUCGUGCUGGCCCCCGAGUCCGUCUUCUGGCUGCCCCUGGGGGCCUUCGCCCUGAACGCCGACCAGGCCGGCCUCACCAGGCACUGGAUCGCGAAGAGCUUCUACGACAUGGUCAAGGCCGGCAGGAUGCGCAUCAAGGACUACAGCCAGCUGGCGGAGCUCAGGCCCCUCGCCGCCGCCGACCUCGAGCUGGCCUGGCGCCUCUGCGGAGCAGCCAUGUCGGUGGCCUUCGGGGUCUUCCUCCUGGAGCUCUCCUUCUUCUACACCAACGUUUUUCUCAAUAGCUUGUAG